AGCUGUUUGAAGGUCUAAAUCCCACUCUCACUCCACUCAGAGUGUGUCUGUGAAAGUGUGUAGGGCGUGGUUUAAGACGCCUCCUAAUGAAGAUCCCACCCCUGACUGGAAUCGCCUGCAGCUGGUGAGUGAAUGCUGUGUCCCAGCUAAGCAACGUCAGUAUUGGAGAGUGGUGGUGAGUGAACUAAAAGCCUUUGUUUCUUCCUACAGAUGUUAAGAGAUUUCUCUGUCUCUAAUGCUCUCUCUUUCUCUCCAUCAUAAGUCUGUAAUAAAGACAUUUCUCCUUGCCAGGAUUAGUAUAAGAGCAGAGUCACACACAUAUAAAUACCUCCAGUUGUGCAUACUGAAAAGAUGUGUUUGUGUAUUUAGGGUUCAUUGUUGGUGAGAGACAGCAAUGAUGGCAGCAUGGGCAACAUUGUUAAUGACUUUUGGAGCCACCAUAGGAUUUUUAAAGGUAGGCUGAUCCAACAACAAGGUGACAACUUACUAAGGUGUGAAUCUCAGACACAUUUUUUAUAUAACUAUAUGUAUUUUUCUUUUACAGAUCUCUGCAGCACAGGGGUUGAACGUUGAAGUUCCUCUAGAUAUGGCUCCAAAUGCAGUUGAUGAUAUGUACCAUGGCUGCAAAGAUAAGAUGGAGUACAGAGUGAAGAAGGAGUACCUGAUAAAUGAGAGGAACAAAGACAAAAACUUUACCUUAGCCUGGAGUGAAGCAGAAAAAUAUUACAACAAAAAAUGGAAGCGUCACAAAGGAAAAAGGCCUUCCUCUUCUCUGGGGAAAGAGCAAAUCAUGGCCAUUUAUGUCUACAGCCUCAACAAACCAAAAAUCUACCUUGAUUUUAAUGAUGCUGUGAGAACCCAGAAAUCCAAAUACAAGACCACAUUCAGGUAUCACUCGAUGCACUUUUUCCUGACUGAUGCGCUUCAAACCCUUAACGCUCGAAAACCAGAAGACGAGAGGUGUGUGACAGGCUACAGGAGAGUCAACAGCUACUUCAGCCAAGAUGUCCUCAACAAGGCUGUUCGAUUUGGCUCUUUCACCUCCAGCUCGAUGGGUUGGUACCCCAGCUCGGACAGAUUUGGUGACAAGUCAUGCUUUGAGAUUGUCACCUGCUUUGGAGCAGACGUCUCACUUUACUCAAAGCUUGGGGAGGCAGAGAGAGAAGCCCUGAUUCCCCCCUAUGAGGUCUUUAAAGUUACAAGGGUUGAGAGGAGAGUGGACCAGAAGAGUCUUCCAUGUGAGGUGGUCUACAAACUGAAAAGCAUGGGGAAAACUCUGUCCAGUUUGAAUUGUGCUCUUUUUUUAAAUAAGCCUGUUACCAUUCCCAACAUAUAAACUCCUGGAGAAAACCUCAA